UUUGAAAAGCGACCCUCGGGGUUUAUUUAUGGCCCAGAAUAACGCGUGCGUGUAUGUUUAUGUCAACAGCAACCCUGUAAGUCACGUCUGAUAGUAGGUUUGGGACAAAGAGCUGCUCCUGUCUCUCGAUUUGGCUCUGUCUGAUCUGUUUUAAGCAAUACACUUUAAUUGCCCUACACCUCUGAGUUUUUGGAUCAGGAUUAAUUCAUAUCGUCUCAGGAAUCAUGAGUUCUCAGGUGAGGCAGAACUUCCAUCAGGAGUGUGAGGCAGCCGUUAACAGACAGAUUUACCUGGAGCUGUACGCCUCUUAUGUCUACCUGUCCAUGGGCUACUAUUUUGACAGGGAUGACAAGUCUUUGCCCAACUUUGCCAAGUUUUUCCGCGAACAAUCUAAGGAGGAGCGAGAACAUGCGGAGAAGCUGAUGAGUCUGCAGAACCAAAGAGGAGGACGGAUCUACCUGCAGGACAUCAAGAAGCCGGAUCGGGAUGAGUGGGGCAGUGGUCUGGAAGCGCUGGAAUGUGCUCUGGCUCUGGAAAAGAGUGUAAAUCUGUCCCUACUGGAGCUUCACAAGGUGGCAACUCAACACAAUGAUCCACAUGUUUGUGAUUUCCUGCAGACGCAUUACCUGGACGAGCAGGUGAAGUCCAUUAAAGAGCUGGCGGACUGGGUGAGCAGCCUGCGGCGGAUGGGCGCCCCUCAGGACGGCAUGGCCGAAUAUCUGUUUGACAAGCACACUCUGGGACAGGAAAGCUCUUAGACAAUCUCUCCCUGCGUUUAUGAUGCAGUCAGUCCACCGAGCUUGUCAGGCCAUAUGAGUCUCAGACAGACGUGUUGCAAACUCUGCUGUAGUUUACUAGGAGUCCUGCUUGAACCCUUUAUAAGCCAUACAGUAGAUGUAGUCCACAUUACAUGCAAUAUUCUAAUCUAUAUGAAAUCAUUCAAAUGAGUUGAUCUCAAUAAAAAAUAUUACUAGAGAAA